AUGGAAGAGAAACAGAUAUCCGAGACGACUCGUGGUGCCAGUCCAACGACGCUCGACUAUACCAGCGUUGAGAAGCAGGGCAAGCCAUGGAUGCACAGGACAUUCAAACUCGGUCCUAUUGCCAUACCCGCAUAUGCGUCACCACAAUUUCAGAUCAUCUUCGUGGCAUUCGUCUGCUUCCUAUGUCCCGGCAUGUUCAAUGCCAUCAACGGUAUGGGCGCCGGCGGCCAGGUUAGUGCUCACGAUGUCAACAAUGCCAAUACUGCCCUUUAUGCCAUGUUCGCUGGCGUCGGUUUCUUUUGCGGUUCCAUUGCGAACAGACUCGGCCUCAAGAUGACUCUCGGCAUCGGUGGCUUUGGCUACUUCCUCUAUGUCGCUUCCCUCCUGUCCUACAACCACAACCAGAAUGCAGGCUUCCUAAUCUUCGCAGGUGCUCUGCUUGGUCUCUGCGCAGGUAUGCUGUGGACAGCCCAAGGUGCGAUCAUGAUGUCUUAUCCAACCGAGAAAGAGAAGGGUCGAUAUAUCUCCAAGUUCUGGGCUAUCUUCAACUUGGGUGGUGUUAUAGGCGCACUUAUACCUCUGGGCCAGAAUCUGCAUCGCGAAGCUGGAGCUGUCGCUGACGGCACCUAUAUCGCUUUCAUGAUCUUGAUGGCUGCAGGCUUUGUGCUUGCCCUCUUCCUCUGCGACCCCAAAUAUGUCCGACGUGACGAUGGUUCUGCCAUCAUUCUCAUGAAGAAUCCAUCAUGGAAGUCCGAGAUUCUUGGACUCCUCGAGACCUUGAAGACAGACUACUACAUCAUUGGUCUGUUCCCUCUCUUUCUAGCUUCAAAUUGGUUCUAUGCCUAUCACUUCCAAGGCGUCAAUCUCCCGUAUUUCAAUCUGCGAACCAGGUGCCUCAACAACGUGCUGUAUUGGUCAAUGCAAAUCGUUGGAGCAUUUGUUGUCGGCUUCCUACUCGACUUUGGCUCGACCCGCAGGACCAUUCGUGCCAGAUACGCUCUUGCUGGUCUUCUUGUCCUUACCAUGGCGACUUGGGGUGGUGGCUAUGCCUUCCAAGAAAUUUACACCCGCGAGAGUACUCUACUCAACGAGAACCAUGUUGGGGUGGACUUCACUGACUCUGCCUAUGCGGGCCCUGUGGUCAUGUAUAUGUUCUAUGGCUUCUACGACGCUGCUUGGCAGGUCACUGCCUACUGGCUCAUGGGCUCGCUGACCAACAACGGCCGAAAACUCGCCAACUUUGCUGGCUUUUACAAGGGUAUUCAAUCUGCUGGUGGUGCAAUCUCUGCCAACAUUGAUGCUCGUGCCGUCCCAUUCAUGACGCAGUUCGCUAUCAAUUGGGGCAUGCUUGCUGGCUCUCUGAUCAUUGCUGCACCUGUCGUCCUGUACUAUGUAAAGGACACGGUCUCCAUAGAAGAGGAUCUCAAAUUCUCUGAUGAGACCAUCACCGAUGUCGCUCCUCCAAGCGUACUUGCAGAGUACAAGGGUGUGCGAGAGUAG